GGGCCGUAGGGCCGCGGCCCGGCUAGGCCGCCGCGGCGAUGUCGGGCUACGCGCGCCGCCCGGGUGCGCCCCCGCUGUCCAGGGCCCGGAGCCUCGUCGUUCCCGACGCUGCUGCGUUCUAUGAGCGCCGGUCUUGUCUCCCCCAGCUAGACUGUGAGCGCCCCCAUGGCGGGGACCUGCACCCGCAUUUCUUCGGCAUUCGGCCGACAUUUAUGUGCUAUGUCCCCAGCCCGGUGCUGGCUUCCGUGGGAGACACAGAUUUUGGCUAUGGAAAAGGGAAAUGUACUAAGCAAGGCCCAGCAGGAGCUCACGAGACCCAUUUUGGAGAUGACAAACUGGAAGACCUUGAAGAGGCAAAUCCAUUCUCCUUUAAAGAGUUUCUGAAAACCAAGAACCUUGGUCUGACGAAAGAUGACACGACCAAUAGCAGAAUUUAUCCAAAGGAAGCCUCAAGGCACUCAUUGGGACUGGACCACAGCUCUCCCACCCCCCAGACUGUGGGGUAUGGCCUGGAAUAUCAGCAGCCAUUUUUUGAAGACCCCACAGGGGCUGGCGACAUCGUGGGUGAGGAGGAGGAAGAUGAAGACAGUGGGUGGAAUGGGGCCUAUUUACCAUCUGCUGUGGAAAAGACUCACUCCUCCAGGCCCACCUCAUUUCACCCGACAGGCUCCUGCCCCGACCGAGUACAGUUUUCCAGCCGGCUCAUCUUCCAUGCAUCAGGUCCUGAAAAGAGGCCCGACCCCGCGCAGGCAGCGCUGGGGUGUCCUCAGUCCACGCUGGCAAGCUCAAAGGCACGAACUGCCGGCCCGACGGCUCUGCAGGCUGGACGUCCGGAGGCACGAAGGAGCGAGCUCAGCGGGGUACUGCGCACCCCACACUUCCGCCAAUCAGCCGCAGCCUUCCCGUGGUGCUCCGCGCCGCCGGGGCGGGACUUCCGGUGCGCGGCGCUCCACUUCCGCGACCGCAGGAAGCUUGGUAUCUUCGGUCGCUUGGGAGACCGUGCGGCCGUGAAGGGCCGAAGUGUCUCCAAGCUCGUGCUUCUGCGGCUUCCUGGGGUUUGUCAGUCCCGCCCCAAGGGGACUCGUGGCCCCGGGGAGCAGCUGGGGCUGAGUGGGCUGUCCAGUGCCCGCCGUCUUCUGGGGAGUCUGUGA